UGCUGCACACUGUUAGCCGUUCUUCUUCCACAGAUCAGCACAAGGGAGAAUAACCUUGUGGAAUGCGUGGUGAGAUGUGUGAAGAGCAUGGCAAUGGAUGCCAACUUUCUUUGUGUUUCUGGCUUUAAGCAUCUCUAUACGUUCAUACUAUCCUACACUCAGCAGCAAUUUGUUACAAGUUUGGCUAAUUCUUCUUACCCUUUUGAAUGCUAGCCCAGUUUCCUGUCACUGCACUAGGUAAGUCUUACUCUUCCAGAAGAGAAAGGGAAAACUGAACCUGAAUGUUCCCUAAAAGUGAAGAACUGUCCACACUUCUACAUAGAAAUUGUAGAUCUUUGGAAUCUACAUUCAAUAUUUGAUACUGUGUGUGACUCCUGA